AUGCAUCGUGCGAGGUGCCAGGCCGUCGCCCGAGUGCGCCUCGUAAACGUGCCAGUAUGUCCCAGGGUAUUGAUUUCUUCAGGACGCGUCGCGCUGUUCACCACGUCGCGACCAUGCAAUGCUUCGAAGGCAGGAAAGAAAGCUGCUGAGCAGGACGCUGAAGCCCCAGUAAGCACCGGCGAUGAGAAGAGUCUUUCGUCUUGGACUACGCUCCAAGAAAAGCUGCGGCAAUCCCUUGCCCCAUCGACGAAGCAAUCUAAGGCAUCACCGGCGGAUACCCCAAAGACGCAGUCGCAGAAGUCCCAGCCCAAACCCGCCAAACUCGCUAAACCCGUCAAACCCGCCAAGCCUGCCAAAUCGACCAAGAAGAAAAAAAACCAAUCGAAAGAAGCGGUCGAUUUCGAAAUCAUAACGCCCAAGACGCUAAAACUGGAACCUAUUGAUCAAGAGACACCCGAAAUCCCGAAGCUGAGCUACGGCCUCGACCGCGUACUUUUCAGCGGUGGUGUAUAUCGAAUGCAGGAUACCCGGACAAAUGUGUACAACUUCGAUCCAUAUCUCGCCUCGAUCAUGCCUGUGGAGGAGUUCGAUUAUGACGCUCUCAAGGAAUAUGUCACGUCAUCCAAGGACACCAAGCUGUGGGAUCUUGCCAAACAAUAUGGCAAAAAGUAUAGCGGUUCGACGUCAAGUAUGACGGCUAUCCUCUCGCACCUUCAUUUCCUCAUAUCGGGCUGGAGACCUCCAAACUUGGACGAUUUGUCACGAGGAUGGACCCCGGAGUCGAAUAAUUUCACUAUUUUAACUCGAGGUCCGGUUGCUACGUUUAUCAAAUACAAGGAUGGAGUCUAUUCCAUUGAUUCCGACAAAGAAUACGACAACGAAAACAUAUUGAGCAUGCUCGGCAAAUCGAUGGAGAAGCUGCUUACUCUGCCAAAAGAGGAGUUUGAAAAAUACAAAAAAACAAAGUCUCACGAGUUGACAGAGGAGGAAAAGAAGGCCGAGGAGGCGUACCAUUAUACCACAUUCGGAGACUUCAUGAUGCGAUCACAACUAGAUGCUCACGAUCCGAGACUGCCUGGCACUGGUGUUUUCGACCUGAAAACAAGAGCCGUGGUGACUAUCCGAAUGGAUGUUCAAGGGCAUGAAAAGGGCGUCGGCUACGAAAUUCGCAAACAAUUUGGUCAGUGGGAGUCUUUUGAAAGAGAAUACUACGAUCUUAUUCGAUCUGCGUUCUUAAAGUAUUCGCUCCAAGUGCGCAUGGGACGCAUGGAUGGUAUAUUCGUGGCGUACCACAACACGCAGAGAAUAUUUGGCUUCCAAUACAUUCCUCUAUCGGAUAUGGACCAUGCUAUUCAUGGGCAGACCGAUACAACGUUGGGUGACCAGGAGUUUAAAGCCAGUCUAUCGAUCUUAAACGACUUGAUGGACAGGGCUACGCAAAAGUUUCCCGGCAGGUCGUUGAGGCUUCACGUAGAGACUCGACCAACAAAUGAUCCCGUUACUUACUUUUUUGUGCAGCCUGUUACGGAUGAGGAAAUGCAAGCCAUCCAAGAAUCCAAAAAGGCAUCUGUGGACAAACUGAAGGAGGAGAUUGACGACCUCAGCAGCCAGGAAAAGGCCGCUGAAGCUGCCGCCGCGGAAGCCGCCGCCGCUGACCAGAACGAAAGCACAGAGGAAACAGAAUCUGUCGAGGAGGAUGACCUGGAACAGGAGAUCCAGAAUGAAAUAGUAUGGCAAGAAGUCAUGGACAGAGUCGGCGAGGCAGUGGACAGCGAAUCUCUCGGGAUACGAUCCGUGCGGGAUGCGGUCCAGGACGCCUUGAUCCAUAGUGGUCUCUUGGAGGGCAAAACGGAGGCCGAAAGCACAAAACACAUUGAUGGUCUGGUAGCUGCCCUGACAGCACACUCCCGGGAGAGCAGAGACUUGCAAAGUGCUUCGGAAGAAGAGCCUGUCGAUACUCAGAAUGGCGACGAGACGCCCCUGAAGGACUUGAUUUUGCGCGUAACCGAGGGCAUCGACGAGAAUACCACCAACUUGAACGAGUUUCAGCGCAUGUUUGCUGGUCUUUCCGAGAAGCCAGCCGCUCAAGAAAAUAUCGAGGUCGACGCCGACGCCGACGCCGACGCAGAGACAGCCGCCACAGAAACAGAAACCGACCAAGAAGCGUCCCAGGACCAGCCUCCACCGGGCGAGCUUCUCGGCAUGUACAUCACUAUCCGCAACAAGGUCGACGGCAAGUUCGUGCCGCGGCCGGAGCAUCUAGGGUCGGGCGGCAAGUGGGAGGUGCAGUACGCGGUCAAGGAGAUCAGCGACGAGCGGGCGCAGCGGCUGUACCGGCAGAUCAAGGCACGGCGACGCAAGAUCCUGGACAUCAACGCCGAGAUGCGCGCGGCGUCCUGGCACCGCAUGUUCGCGGGCCGCCUGUCCACGCUCAGCAAGCAAGGCGCGUCGUACCGCGCGGAGCGGACGCGGCAGGAGGAGGCCUCGGGCAUCCGGGUGGCCUGGGAGCGAGAACCUGGCACGCCCUCGUAG